AUGGCUGCAGCCCCCGAGUCCCUAAACAACCCCCAGCUCGCCAUCAUGCCCAUCUCGGCACCCACCGGCUGUGCUCCCUUGUCCGACGAAGCGAUCCGCAGGCUGGCCCGCUGCAGGAAUAAUGCUGAUUUUGUUUCCGAAAGUCCAGCGACAGAUCCUCUUUUGGCGCGCGUACCAAGCCAACGAACGAGCGCUCCUCUGGAAUAUCCUAACACGGGAACUCGGGGCGUCAUCGUAGAAUCAUGUACGCUCCAGCGUUUGACAGCCGUAUUCGCCCUGGAAAACCCAUCGGACGAGACGCGGGAGGAAGCCGUCGAGCGGUACGAAACCGCCCACUACGCGAUGUCCAAAUGCUACAUGCCGCCUUGGCUUGAGGAGACCAUUACGGACGGCGAGGUGCGGCUAAUGGCGGAGGACUACCUCACGUUGAUUCGACCAGCUACCAAACUGUACACGAACUGGGCCUUGGAAAAUCUCGCUGGGGAUACCCUGACCUCCCAGAUGGAGCGUCCAUCGUUGAGCCUCUCCGAACGCAGACGCGUUGCCCGCGGCCUGUAUCGGUUUGAGAUGUCCUUCAUGACCCCCCCGCCCCCUCCGCCUCACGAGUUAGACCACUUCGAGAACAUGCAAAUUGGUACCGCCAUACGGGGUCUCGCGCAUCUACUCCACAUCAAAUUGGAUUUCAACGACGAUGACAAAGCAGCGUUCACGAAGGCGGUCAAGAGUAUAGCGGUGUAUCCAGGCCGCGGGAAUCCGGAUCACACGGUCCUCAGCCCCGAAACCCAGGAACACGAAUGUGAUGUCCACACAGCUCGGGUCCAGAAAGCGUCCCGUCGGGAUCCGAUGUCCUUCCGAGGGGAUGGUGAACCCGACGCCGAGGGGGACCGGCCGCCGUAUGCCUGGACGGUGAUGUGGCGUAACCGGUAUUGCAAGCUGUACGGGUGGUUUAUCCCGGUGUACAUUGGGAAUGGCGGGUGCGGAUCGACAACUUCGGGGGGACACUUUGCUAACGCCGGCUACGACAUGUACGGUUAUGUUGAAUGCUGGGGCUGGUAA